GAAGCCAGACGGGAGCGCGGCUUGUUUGUUCGUUAUGGAGUCUUUUAAAUUUGUGCCGGAGGACAAGAGGGAUGUGUGGAGGGAGAGCAGGGAGGACGUGGAGCCGCCCUGCAGCCUCAGCGUCUGCAAGAUCUCCUACACCGUCAGUGAGCGAGUGGGACCGUGGUGGGACCUCCCCUCCUGCAGGAAGCAGUGGACUCGGCAGAUCCUCAACGACGUCUCCUUCUUUGUGGAAAGUGGACAGAUUAUGGGGAUUCUGGGAAAUUCAGGUUCAGGAAAGACCACAUUACUGGACGCCAUCUCGGGACGGAUUGGAAAGGACGGGACGCUGCUGGGCGAGGUCUUCCUGAACGGCAGGAAACUGAAGAGAAACGAGUAUCAGGAUUGUUUCUCUUACGUUCUGCAGAGUGAUAAUUUGCUGAGCUACCUAACAGUGGAGGAGACUCUGACCUACACGGCCCAUCUGGCUCUGCGCAAACAUUCUACCAAAGCCAUCAAGCAGAAGGUGUCGGCAGUGAUGGCGGAGCUGAGUCUGACUCAUGUGGCCCACAGCGUCAUCGGAGGCCGCAUUUUCCCAGGGAUCUCUGGGGGGGAGAGGAGGAGGGUCUCCAUCGCCAGUCAGCUCCUCCAGGAUCCGAGGGUGAUCCUGUUGGACGAGCCGACCACCGGACUGGACAGCAUGACGGCCAAUCAGAUCGUGGUGCUGCUGGCCGAGUUGGCCAAGAGGAACCGCAUAGUGCUGGUGACCAUUCAUCAGCCGCGCUCCGAGCUGUUCCGGGUCUUCAGCCGGAUAGCGAUAAUGAGUCGAGGGGAGCUGGUUUUCUGCGGUCAGCCUGGCGAGAUGGUGGACUUCUUUAGUGGAUGCGGAUACGAGUGCCCAGAGUACUGCAACCCGUUUGACAUCUUUGUCGACUUCACCUCCGUGGACACGCACAGCAGCGAAAGAGAAGCGGCCACGUCCAGCCGCAUGCACGAGAUCACCGCGUCGUACCGCAGGUCUGCGAUCUACCAGAACAUGCUGACCGAGAUGGAGCAGAGCCUGCAGCAGGCAGACAAGCCCGCCAUCCCCUUCAAGAGCAACGACUCGCCCAGCGGUUUGGCCAAGCUCGGCGUGCUGAUCCGGAGGACCGUGAGAAACCUGUCCAGGAACAGGAUGGGCGUGAUGAUGCGCCUGGUCCAGAACCUGAUAUACGGCCUGUUUGUGGCCUUCUUCGUGACGCGCCUGGACAUCGACGUGGACAAAGGGGCGGUGCAGGACCGCAUCGGCAUCAUCUAUCAGAGCGUCGCGGCUUCACCGUACACCGGCAUGCUCAACGCCGUCGCUCUCUUUCCAGCUCUGCGCGCCAUCAGCGAUCAGGAGAGUCAGGAUGGCCUUUACAGUAAAUGGCAAAUGUUCCUGGCCUACAUCGUCCACAUCCUGCCCUUCAGCGUCCUGAGCAUCGUCAUCUUUACCUCUUUUCUUUACUGGGUUGUGGGAAUGCACCCAGAAACGUUGAGAUUCUUGUGUUUCACUGCGGUUGUCCUUGUACCGCAUAUUAUAGGAGAGCUGCUGACGGUGGUUCUGUUGGGAGUGGUUCAAGACCCCAACAUGGUCAACACUGGCGUGGCUUUACUAAACAUCGCAGGAAUCUUAGUGGGAUCCGGCUUCCUCAGGAGCAUCCAGCAGAUGCCGGUAGUCUUCCAGUGGCUCAGUUACCUGACCUUCCAGAAGUACAGCUGUGAGCUGCUCAUAGUCACUGAAUUCCACGACCUUCAGUUUACAUGCAACACUUCGAAGCCCUUACCAGGAGCGUGUCUGGUCACCAGCGGGGAUCAGAUCAUCGAUGAGGGUUAUCCUGGAGCUCUGCAGCGAUACUCCACAGACUUUGUACUUCUUUACUCCUUCCUUCCUGCUCUGGUUCUGCUGGGCGUUAUCAGCUUUAAAAUACGGGACAAACUUGUGCGUCACUGAAACCGUUUGGGUUUAAACCAAACAGAAAUGAAAUAAAGUUCUCUUAAACACAUUUACAGACAGAUUAAGUAACCAAAAUGAAUCUAUAAUUCUGCAGGAAGGAGUUUGUAUUUCAGUCUCAGUUUGAUUCGAUGUAAUAAAGAUGUAAAUUUAAACAAUUUUAAACUCAAAAUAAUAGAAAAGUAAUUCAGUAAAGUCAACAAAAACAAAGUAAGUUGAAUAUUCCGUUUAAUUAUUCAAAAAUAUACCAAAUUACAAAACAAUAUAAGGACAGUAACCAAACAUAAUCUAAGUGAGUAAAGCAAAAAUUCAAACCUAAAUACAAAAAAAAAGAUUUUAUGAAAUUCCAUAUAUGAAAUUUUUACAUCAAAUUCCCUAAAAACAUCUGGAAUCUUAAAUAUAUUUGUAUUUAAAUUUAUCCAAACUUUUCUUUAAAAAAAAUUAACUUAUCAAGAGUAAAUAGUUUUGAAAAAGCUUUUGUGGAAUGAUAAAUAAAGCAUUCAGUUUGAUUUUUAUUGUGACAGAACGUUUAAUGAAUUCUCUUUGUAAAAUAGAGAAAAAAAAUUAACUUUGAAUACUUUAGCAAGAAUAAACUGUACUAUUUUGUCAAGUAAACAAAACAUUUUCUGUAAAAAUUGUAAACUUUUAUAGCUUUUAAAUAUUUAGUGAAAUGUAGUUUUCAUACAAUAAAUAUCCUGAUGUUUUUGGUGAUUUUUUUUUUUUUUCAGUAAUUCAAACAUUUUAUUAAAACAAGGACUAAAUGUAUUCUGAAUAUAAAUGACAGUUAUUGAGUAAUAAACUUAUGUCUCCAGCUCCAGGCCUUUCCAUGACUUUGCAGCGUUCUUUUUGUACUGCUCCAACUCCUGAAAGAAAAGAAAAAUAUAAAUACAACAUUACUUUUUUUAAUCACAACUGAAAUUAAGUGUUUUCAAUUUUAUUUACUGUAGCAUAAAAUUUAUUUUUAAAUAAAUACAACUUUUUUUAAGUUUUAACUAAAGUUAGAGCAUUUUUGAGUACUUCAGCCUCAGCAAAUAUAAGAUAUAUGAGCAAAAACAAUUAAAAAUGACACAGCAGACAGUUAAUUUGAAGGAAUACAUGAUCCAUCAUUUAAUAAUGAAGUUUUUCUGAGAUUUGAUUACUUCUCAAUCCCAUCAUGAAGCGUCUGUCCACAGAGUCGGGCUCUCCACAUCUUCACGCGUCACAGAUAACAGUUGGAUCUGUGACACUGAAAGGUUACUGCAGUUCAUCUGCUUUGGAGUUUAUUAUCACGGAAUAUAAUUCACCUUGAUAAGGAGAUUGCCACAGAAACAGCGUUCCAUGCAGGUUACUGCAGGACAAAGGGUUACUUUAGAGCAUUAACAGGGUAAACUACAGUAAAGGUGAAGUAAAACAGAAAGUAGACGAGAAAAAUAUGAAAAGUUCCUCCUCUGGGAGCGUCUGCUUCUCACAGGAGCGUGGAGGACGUCUGUUUGCUCUUAUGUCAACUCAAAUAUUUGAAGGGGGGCUGCAGUUCAUUGGGUUGAGCGGUCACCAAUUAAAAAUUGAAUUAAGGGUUUAAUUUUGCAUCUAAAAAUGAAUUCCACCUUGUCCUAUACUGUAUGAAACCUGUGAAUUGCUUCGGAUUUUUGUUUUGUUUGCUGUGUGGAAAUCUGUAGUAUGUCGCCCCCUAGAGGCAGCAGCAGAAAACAACUUCAGAAGUGUCUAAAUGUUUUUCUGUCAUAUUUUUAAAAUAAAAAGAAUAGAUUAAA